UGGAUGAGCUACAGAGGAAAUAUGAAAACAUCAACUCUUAAAAAGUAAUAAACAGUAUAGCAUGAUAAGUUGCCUGAUGAACAAAAGUAAAACCAAAAUCAUAAUAGUCGAGAUCAUGUUCAGAUGAUCUUUAUUUAAACUGUCAAAAUGAAAAAAGUAACAUGCAGAUUUUCUGUAGGUGUUCAGAAAAGAUUAUCAGAGCAAAAUUUGAUUAAAAACUAUAAAAUAUGUUCAGAAUUUGAAGUGGCUUUUAGCAUUUCUCAGUGCAAUAACAAUAAACGGUGCCCUUUUAAUAGAGAAAAUAAUUAUUUAACUACCAUCUUUAAAAAAAAAAAAACAUUUAGUGGUGGCAGGGUCAAAUACCUAAGUUUAAAAGUUCUAACUAAGUUCUUCUCUUUUUACAGUAACAACUUUCAUUUUCAGCCUCCCUUGGAAUAUGUAAAUUACCAGUAAGAGCAGCUGUGAUUAAACAGGAUUAGAACAUUUGUUAAUCAUUUGUGUUUUCCCUUUUUUAACCAAUGAUUGUUUUAAUGUUGAAGUGACGAAAAAGAGAAAUGUAUCCGUUAAACUAAUAAGAAGUUACUCUUUCCCACAAUGUACCUCUGACCCUUUGACCAAGCUCAGCGGCUGCUCCUGGUUUGUUUUUCUGUUUGUUCAUUAUUGAUUGACGCCUCGCCCCUUCCUGAUAACAGCUGUGUUUGAAGAAGGAAAUUUCUUUAGGAUUACAAAUUUGAUCAGCUCCGUUGUUGACCACAGUCCAAGGAAACCUCUGAGAUGACCAACAUGGUUCUGUGGAAGCUGCACAUUUUAUUUCUCCUUAUGUUCUGUCAUUCUGAAGGACAGCUGUUUAACAGUAAUAGAAGACGCCCCUGGCGUGACAGAUUUGUUCCGAUUGAAAAAUACUGGGACCUUCAUAACGGACAAAAUACAAAGGAAAUCAUCAGUUCUUCACAAAGGUUCACUCUGGUGGCUUCAGACAUCCUGAGGACCGACAUCCAGGAAAACAUUUACUUACAGGCAGAUGGAGCUGCCAGCCCUGUCACUGUCUCCAUCACCAUCCAGGACUUAUCCAAAACAAUUUUGCACCUCCAGGACUCCGCCACACUCAAUCAGGGAAAUGGCUACCGUGUUCUCAAGAGUAUACAGCUUUCGUCCGCUCUUUUGAAUCGUGAGGAGAAACAGAACAAGUUCGUUAAUCUGCAAGUGAGCUUUGGGGGUAUUUACACAGAGGAGCGAGUGCUGAUGGUGUCCUUUCAUUCUGGGUAUAUAUUUAUUCAAACAGACAAACCCAUCUACAACCCCGGAGACACCGUUCGUUUUCGAACCUUUGUGUCCUCUCCGUUCUUUAAGGCCUUAGACAGCUCCAUCACUAUAGACAUUCAGAAUCCAGAUGGUGUGGUGGUCAACCAGAUCUCCAGGACCAGAGCCAUACAUGGCGUUAUUGCAGAUACUUUUCCGCUGUCUGAAAUCUCCAAUGAAGGAACAUGGCUAGUGACGGCAAAGUUUGACCACUGGCAGCAGAACACAUUCACGUCCCGUUUUGAAGUGAAGAAAUAUGUUCUUCCUGCCUUCAACGUUACAUUGACCCCCAAAAAAUCCUUUCUUAGCUUGGAUGACAACGAACUGGUUGUAGAAAUCUCUGCAAGAUACUUGUACGGGGAGCCUGUUCAGGGGACGGCUUACGUUGUGUUUGGAGUGAAACUCAAUCAAGAGAUGAAAAGAUUACCUUCUGUGAAGCAGGUGUCAGAUCUGGAUGGAGGAACUGUCAGACUGAGUGUGGAGGAGCUCAGGAGAGCUUACCCCAACAUUAAAGCUUUAGUAGGAAACUCUGUUUAUGUGAAGGCGUCUGUGCUCACCAAGACAGGAAGUGAUCUGGUUGAGGCAGAAAAGACUGGGAUUAGAAUCGUGGAGUCUCCGUAUGUCAUAUCUUUCAAAGAUAUGCCAAAGUACUUCAAGCCAGGAAUGCCAUUAGACCUAACAAUUCAGGUGAGCCAACAUGACGGGUCCCCCGCCCGUAAUGUCUUAGUCAAGCUGACAUAUCUGGACUCACCACUGAUCGUCUCAUCCGGCACUACCAGAGCCACCAUCAACAUGCCCACUUUACAACACUCUCUAUCUCUCACUGCUGAGACAGCACAGGCUGACCUGAGACCAGAUCAGCAGGCCAAACAGCAGGUUACUGUUCAUCCAUACAUGACCUUUAAUCAGGGCCAGCAGAACUACCUCUACAUUUCCACAGGAACCAACACAGUGUCUGUAGGAGAGAGACUAACCCUGCAGUUCUCCGCCUCUGUAUCUGACCAGUCCCACAGAGAAUUCAUCAAACAGAUCACCUACCUGGUGGUGAAUAAGGGUCAAAUCAUAAGCGCUGAGCGUGAAGAUGUGGCGAGUCAGAUGGUGACCAGCGUUGGGUUGUUGGUAACAACAGAGAUGAUGCCAUCGUUUCGGGUCGUGGCGUUCUACAGUAUUCCCUGGAUAGGGCAGGAGGAGCUGGUUUCGGACUCAGUCUGGAUAGAUGUGGUGGACAACUGUGUUGGAGGGCUAAAAGUUAUACCAGACGCCGUACGUCAACAAUAUACACCUGGGAAAAACUUUCGCUUCCAGAUCCAAGGCGACCCAGGGGCCAGGGUCAGCCUGGUGGCUGUGGACAAUGCUGUGUACCUCCUCAACGGGGACCGACUGACACAGAGAAAGAUUUGGGACGUUGUGGAGCACGGAGACAUCGGCUGCACCAGAGGAGGAGGUCGAGAUGCAAAAGGAGUGUUUACUGAUGCCGGACUUCUUUAUUCCUCCAGCAGUGGAGUCAGAACCCUAACCCGACAGGCCCUACAGUGUCCAGGCAGUGCCAGAAGGAGGCGCUCUGCUGAACUCGUCCAACGAAAAGCACGGCUGGAGAGUCACUAUAAGGAGAAGCUGCAGCGCCGCUGCUGUAAAGACGGCCUCAAGGACAUUCCAAUGCCGUACUCCUGCACCCGGCGCUCCCUCUACAUCACUGAGGGGCCAGAAUGCAUCCUGGCUUUCCGCUACUGUUGCGCCACUUACAGGGACCAGGUCUUCAACACAGAGAUUCCCACCACACCCCCACCCAUGACCACCGCUCCUCCAACUACCACUCUUCCACCGAUGCCCAAUGUGAGACCGGGAUUAGCUUCAAGACCGACUACAGUUCUCAGAAAGAACAUGUUCGAAUGGAAUUCGCACCGGACGGUGUCCUUUGUACGAACUCCACAAGCUAGACCAGGUAUAGCCUAUUCAAAUGCAGACAUAGUGACACCAGUACAUGCUGAAGCACAUUUUUCGAGGAUGAUUCCAACUAUGGAGGAGGAUGAAGAAGAAGACUUGGAGUACAUGGAUGAGACUGAGGUCUAUCUUCGUUCCAAGUUCUACGAGUCCUGGUUGUGGAUGGAUGUGAGCUUGCCGAGCGAGACAGACAAAGACGGGUUGGCAUUGAAAAAUAUGGAAAAUCCUUUACCUGAUAGCAUCACAGAGUGGGGAGUUUUAGCCAUCAGUGCAUCACCUCAAACAGGUUUCUGUGUUGCGGAGCCAUACAAUUUCAAAACUUGGAAGCAUUUCUUUGUCGACCUAAAGCUCCCAUACUCUGUGGCGAGGAACGAACAGGUGGAGGUAAAAGCUGUUGUCCACAACUAUGGCUACGACGAGAUGCAUGUUAGGGUGGUGCUGAUGAAGACAGAAGGCAUGUGCAGCGUCGCUUUCAAGGAAAGACACACCCAAGAAGUGACACUGCCGGCGGGCUCUUCUGUGGCGGUGCCUUACACCAUUGUACCACUGGUGGUGGGCAAACUUCCAUUGGAAGUAAUGGUGGUUGGCAGAGACCUGACUGGGGGUGACCGCAUCCAGAAAUUUCUGCGAGUAGUGCUGGACGGAGUACAGAAGACUGAAGUUUGGAGUACAGUGUUGAAUCCGUCUACUCAAGGAGGAACUCAGACUAUUCGCAUUGGCAAGGUUGAACUGGAGUCAGUCGUGCCAAACUCUGUGCCAGAAACCUUCAUUAAUGUCAGAGGUAAUGUUUUAGCAGACAGCAUCGAUAACUCUAUCAGCGAAGACUCACUUGCGUCUCUGAUCCAAAUGCCUGGUGGUUGCGUGGAGCAGAACCUGGCCUCUAUCACUCUGCCGCUUAUUGCCACUCUCUAUCUGGACCGAACCAACAACUGGGAGAGUGUAGGGGUGGAUCGCAGGGCUGAGGCUCUCCGAUACAUCAGGAGAGGCUAUGAGAACCAGUUGGCAUACAGGAAGAGUGAUGGCUCAUACCCCCCCUACAGGAGUCAAGGAGCAAGUACAUGGAUCACAGCGUACGUCAUCAAAGUGUUCUCCAUGGCUCACUCGAUCAUUAGUAUCAACCAGCAACAACUGUGCGACCCUCUGCUCUAUCUGGUGAAAAACAAACUCAGACGUUUUAAAGGGGCGUACAAGGAGGACAACCCAGUUUAUUCCACAACAAUGACUGGCGGUCUGCGUGGUGAUGACCCAGAAAUAACUCUGACAGCCUUUGUCCACAUUGCAGUUGCUGAAGCUGGGAAAACAUGGAUCAACUGUGGUGGCUCUGAUAUAGAGCUGGCUAUCACCUGGACUACCCAGUUCCUGAGAAAUGCCCUGCAGACCCGUGGAAGGAGGCCGUACACGGUGGCCAUCACCUCCUAUGCUCUGGCUCUGCAGGGAACACAUAACGACCUUCAUCUGUCAUUACUUGAAGCAGCAUCUCAAGACAGGAGCCACUGGCCUGACAAGGAAAACCACUUGUUCACGCUGGAAGCAACCGGCUAUGCUUUGCUCGCUCUGAUAAAGUUGGGACGCAUGGAGGAUGCCGCAGCACCCUUCAAGUGGCUCAACAGUCAGAGAAGAAGAGGAGGAGGCUUCGGCUCAACUCAGUCCACUAUGGUUGUGCUCCAGGCUCUGUCAGAAUACAUGAUCAGCCAGCCUCCUCCUGCUGACCUCAGUCUGAAAGUGGACAUCAGGAUGACGGGACGCAAGGAGAUCCGUUACUACUUUAACCCUGACACAGCCUAUGUGGCUCGCUCCUCCAAGUUGCCUGCUGGUAUCGACAUGGAAGUGGUGGCUCAAGGGAAUGGGCAGGGCAUACUGGAGGUUGUGACUCAUUACAACCAGCUACACGAAGUUGAAGAGAAAACACCCUGCAAGCACUUUGAGCUCAGUGUUAAUGUUACAGAAUCCAGCGAAAAGCCUUCAGCUGAUGUAGAAAAAUCCUACCAGAUCACCAUCAAAGUGAGGGCUUUGGGACCCAUAGAUGUCAGAAUGGUGGUUCUUGACAUCAGUCUCCCCACUGGCUUCACCCCAGAAAACUCAGACCUGGAAAUGCUGUCCAACUCGGUGGAUCAUUACAUCAGUAACUUCCAGAUCGUAGAUAACCUGAGUGACAGAGGGUCCCUGAUUAUUCACCUGCUCAAGAUUUCUCACAAAGAGCCAGAAAUCCUUAUUUUUAGGCUUCAGCAGAGCUUUAAAGUUGGCCUCCUGCAGCCAUCUUCUGUCACUGUUUAUGAGUAUUACAACCCAGAUCACCGCUGCAGUCGUACUUACUCUCCCAAGGAGGACAGGGAGGAACUCUCCCAGAUCUGCAACAACAACGUCUGCCGCUGUACACAGGGCGACUGCUGUGUCUCAAAAUCUGAAGGUGAAAAUUUCCUCAACAAAGAACGAGAGACGUUUGCCUGUAAAAGCUUACACCAUGUUUGGCAGGUGAAGGUGCUCAGUAUGAUUCAGAGCUAUUAUGAUAAAUAUGAGAUGGAGAUUACACAGGUUAUUAAACUUGGUGUCGAGGCUGGAGUUGAAGUUGGUCAGAGGAGGUUCUUCAUGUCUCAUGGUGGCUGCAGAGAAGAACUCAACCUGAAACAGGGCUCCCAGUAUCUUAUCAUUAGUCCUAAAGAAGACCAGUGGAACACUGACCCUGACAACAACAGGUUUAUCUACAUGUUGGGGAAGGACACCUGGGUGGAGCGCUGGCCUUCAGAUGCAGAGUGUUCGAGCAAUCCCAGCAUGCAAGUUAAAUGCAAAACUCUCAGUGAUGCUGCAAGUGAUCUAUCUGUGAAUGGCUGCAGGCUGUAGUUUUAUCCAAACAGCUGCUACACACACUUUUGUUCCAAAUAUGGCAAAUAGGACUUCUUUCUUUUAAUUGUAUCUCUGUGUAUGCAUCUCUGUAAGGAGGAAAAAAGUAAAAUUGUGUCUACUUGUCUAACUGUUGGGCUUUCCCUGGGUACUUUAAACAUAAUUAGACUGGGGAACAACGAAAAACUGCAAUAAAAAGUCCCACAAAAAUGACUGUCUUUUUAAAGAUAAGUUAAUGAUCCAAAACGCAAAACGUUACUCUUCCAUUUUAAUAGAUACUGCACUGUAGCAUUUGAUGCUACUGUAUAUAUAUUAAUAAAAACUGUGAAUAUUAAGAUAAUAAAGCACAUUCAAAACACUUAAGAUAAAUUUAGAAUGAUGUGUGCUCAAAUAGAGAAGAGAUGUAUUAGUGCUGCAUGCUGAUAUGUAGUGCAAGUGUGGAAUAUUAAAAAUAAACUAUAUUACUCCCA